AUAAAUGAUCUUAGGUUAACUUUGAAGCACGAUCUUGGAUUAACUUUGACUAACAAUAGUAGAUUUACUUUGAAUCUUGAUCUUACAAUUUCUUUGAAUCAUGAUCUUACAAUUUCUUUGAAUCAUGAUCUUGGAUUUACUUUAAAUCAUGAUCUUGGAUUUACUUUAAAUCAUGAUCUUACAAUAACUUUGAAUCACAAUCUUAGAAUAACUUUGAAAAAUGCUCUUAGACUAAAUUUGAAUCAUGAUCUUACAAUAACUUUGAAUCAACUUUGA